ACGUCGUCUGCUGUAGGGGUCGGCUUGUGACGUUCAGUUCUAUUCCAAUUAAAAUUUUGGAAUUGCUUCCAUCGUGAAAAACAAAGAACUGCCUAGCCGAAUACCCUGACAAUCGAGUUAAAUAUGCGCUUCAUACAGUUCAGACUUUUGAAUGAUUUGGCAAAAGCGACCCGGAUUGGACUGCAGAAAACGAGCGGCGGAAUAGUGGACCUCAGCAAAGCUUUUCCAAGUAGCAGUUCGUUGAAAGAUGCCUUGACCAAAUUAGGACCAAAGGCCUUGGUCGAAAGAGCCAGACAAUAUUCAUCAAGUGAAGAAAAAGAGAUUAGCCACUGCGAGAUAAUGGCUCCAAUCACAGCACCCAGCAAAGUUGCAUGUGUUGGAUUGAAUUACAGAGAUCAUUGCGAAGAAACAGGAAAGCCAGUGCCACCAGAGCCAAUUUUCUUUAGCAAGUUCCCCAGCUGCAUAACUGGCCCUUUUGAUGACAUCCCUUACCCAGAAGUGACAAAGGAAUUAGACUGGGAAGCUGAGCUGGCUGUAGUCAUUGGGAAACGAGGCAAAAAUAUCGAUGCAACUUCGGCCCACGAUUAUAUUUUCGGAUUCACGGUGGCACAUGAUGUGACAGCCCGAGAUUGGCAGUUCACAAGAAACGGCGGUCAAUGGCUUCUCGGAAAAGCUAUGGACGGGUUCUGUCCUAUCGGGCCCGGCAUCGUUACGCCUGACGAAAUUGCUGAUCCCCAUAACUUAGCAAUUUCGUGCAGGGUCAACGGCCAACUUAAACAAAACAGUUCGACCGCUCAACUUGUUCACGGAGUCUACGAUUGCGUCGCCUGGCUCUCAAAGUUUUGCACGUUGCAGCCCGGUGAUAUUAUUCUAACUGGAACCCCACCUGGAGUUGGUGCCUUUGCCAAACCACCUCUGUUUCUCAAGAAGGGUGACGUGGUGGAAUGCGAAGUGGAAAAAAUCGGCAUCAUUCGUAACCAAGUCGUGUGAUUUUAUUCAAAUCUGAGAACGUCAAAAAAAGAUGACCAAAAGAACGUUGGAAAUAAAUUAUGCUUAGAACCGGUCUGCAAGAAGCAAUUUCACCGAUAAAAAUUUAGCCGUACUAAUAGUAAAAGCAACGGUUAAAUAAAAAAAAAAUAAAAAAGGGAGAACCAUUUA